UUAGGGUGUUAAGUCCACUUCUCGUCUCGAGUUGGUUUUCGUAAUCUGUGCAAAAUAGCCCUCAUGACAUGUUGAGGACUAAUGUAUUUACCAUCGUAAACUAUUUUACGUUUCCUUACAUAUAAUAUAUUUAUUUAUAUUUGUAAUACUUAAUGAAUUUUGAUACUGUAUUAGUUUGACUUGGUUAUUGCCGAUUUGUAUACUUUUUAAGGAUGUCAUGUUGUAUAUCAAGAACCCAGCACUAAUUGGAAUGAAUGGACGAAUAUAAAGAUUUCAUCUAUAAAUGAAGAGUGUAAUUAAGUUAUGAAUUAUCUAAUGAACGGAUAAGUGUAGUAGAUGGUCGGGUUCGUUUUUGGAAGAUAUAUGGAUUUUUGUAAAGUUAUGUGUUUAGGUUAGUUUCGUAGUUUCGAUAAGGGUGUUUAAAGGGAGGUUUCAUCGUAGUAAAGAGAUAACUUCCGACACGAUUUUUCUACAAUGGCAGCAACAUUUGACCCAUAUGAUAAGUCAAGUUGGUACUUUGGAUCAAUGUCCAGACAGGAUGCAACAGACUUGUUAAUGGGUGAAAAAGAAGGUGGAGUGUUCCUAGUCAGAGAUAGCAAUACAAUUCAUGGUGAUUUUGUGCUAUGCGUCAGAGAAGACAGCAAAGUAAGCCAUUAUAUAAUCAACAAAAUACAACAAGGUGACCAGACUCGCUAUCGAAUUGGGGACCAAAUGUUUCCUGAUUUGCCGGCAUGCCUUCAGUUCUACAAGCUGCACUACCUUGACACAACACCGCUUAUAAGGCCAGCACCACGUCGAGUCGAGAAGGUCCUAGCCAAAUACGACUUUGAAGGCAGUGAUCAGGAUGAUCUUCCAUUCAAGAAAGGAGAGAUACUUACUAUUGUAUCAAAAGACGAGGACCAAUGGUGGACAGCUCGAAAUAGCUUAGGUCGAACGGGAUCAAUUCCAGUGCCGUAUGUACAAAAGUAUGACAACAACCAACAGUGCUUAACAGAUGGGCAGCGACCCAGCUCUGGCGGUGGGAACCCUGUGCCUCAACAGGAAGCAACUAUUCGGAGGACAAACAUACAGCGUAAACUGCCUGCUUACGCACGAGUGAAGCAAGCUCGAGUGCCAAACGCCUACGACAAAACGGCGUUGAAACUUGAGGUGGGAGACAUCAUCAAAGUUACCAAAAUGAAUAUUAAUGGUCAGUGGGAGGGUGAGUUGAAUGGUAAAGUGGGUCAUUUUCCAUUCACACAUGUUGAGUUUGUGGAUGCUGAGAAUAACACAGGUAAUGAUGCUAGCUAAAAUUAGUCAACACCCUUGUCAGCAGUUACACUUCCUGGGAAACUACUAAAUGAAAUAAUUGUUUUGACACCUGUUAUUUAUCGAGAAUGACAUGAACUUACAUUUAUGACAUUGGUUUUCAAGAAAAUUUAUAUUCAUAAAUUUAGUGUGCUUAAUAAGGAGAUGUUGAAAACAAUUUCUGAACAAUUUCUGGUUGUCUGAUGGUGGUGUUAAAUUUGGAUCAACAUAAUUGUGUCCCUACAUAUAUCUGCACAAACUCUGUAUUAAGAUAAAACUGAACUAAGGUUAUGAAUGACUAAAUCAUUGCUUAAAUUCUGUGCGGCAUCGGGGGACAAUAAGAACUAUUGUGUAGGAGAUCUGUGCUUGCUGCUUAGUAAAAUUUGUUAUAAUAUAAGACUGAAGGCUAAAAGUUGUAUUGCAGAUAAAUAUAUAUUAAUUUAUAUAUUUAUUUGCAAACAUAGUCAUGAUAAAUUGAACACUGACAAGAUAUCAUUUUUUCAUUAAUAAAUACAGAUCAUUUUUAUUUGUAGGUAAGCAUUUUUGCAAUUAAAACUUAUAUUUGCAUAGAACUGUAUUACCGUUCACUUUUUAUGCAACAUAAAAAUGGUUUUAUCUUUUUUAGUAUAUCAAAUGUAUUUUUCAAAUGAAAAGGUGCAAAUGUUUAUCAUAUUUUGAUUGCUUUGUUUUUGUCACACACUGCUUGCUACUUGAGUGUGAUUAUGUUUGUCUAAUGAAUAAUUUUUAAUCUUUUUCAUGCAGUAUUUUCAUAGAUAAUAAAUUGUAAUUUGACCGUAUAGUGAAAUCAAUGAUUUAAAUCAAAUUCAGUUUUAUUUUUCUGAAAGAAAAUCGAAGCAUAUAUAUUCCAAAUAUUUAAGUUUAUAAAUAAAUACUAAAUGCUGUAAACAGUUAAGCAUUUUUGAAACUAGGAUCUUCCAUUCUCUGGCUGCAGGGUGAAGAGAAAUUACUGCAAUGCAAGUAAUGUAGAUUAGUGGCAUGUAUUCAUUUUGAUCUGGUAACAUGCUAGCAAAACAAAGAAUGUUGACAACACAUCAUUUAUUAUAACAGUAGUGACUGGCAUUGUGUAAUCUUUAGUGUAGUAGUGGUUGUAGUCUUGUAAGCUAGAACAGUAGGUGUAAUGCAGUUAUUGUAAUGAUUAGGCAGUUUGUAAGCUACAGAAGAAGUACAGACAUGUAUUUGUGAAUGAUUUCCGUAGUAAAGUCAAAUGUAUAUACAUGUAUUUGUGAAUGAUUUCCGUGCUAAAGUCAAAUGUCAAAACACCUAAGCUCAGCUUGUAUUUGCAGUGAGGCUAAUGUUUUUCAUUGUGUGUAAAAAUUUGUUUAGUGAAGUAUAAAAUGUUUGAGAAAUGCUUUUUAGGUUUUGGUGUUUUUUUGUGUGCAUAAAAAUCACAAGUAAUUCAUCUGUACAUUUUAAAUGAGUCACGUGUAAUCUUGUGUUUGUGUGGUAUGGGUUAGUUCGGUCUUUCUUAUGCACUUGAGAAAUGGUUGUGACAACAGUUGACAUUUUAAUUUUGUCAGAUGCAUUUUGACUCUUAUGAUUCUAUACUAAGACUUGAAACAAGUAAAUCUUGAAUGGCUAUAUGUGCACUUAGCUAAAUUAAAUCCUGAAAUAAUUGAACUUAGUAAUUCAACUGUAAUCUCAGAUUUGCACAAAUUCUUUUUGCUUUUUAUGUCAUAUACUGCAAAACCAUUGGAAUUUUUUUUUUCCCAGCAAGGUUAAUUAGACACAAGGUUGACAUUUAAUUACAGCAGAAGCUCUUUAUGAUAAAGUUGUGCUCUAUCUCCUUUGGAGGUUGCAUCUAGUUUGGAGAGAGAGCCAUUGGUAGCUGUGUCUCUUGUUGGGUGGGAGACUGAGGUACGAUUUUGUUUUUACAGGAGCCCCAAAGCAAGCAGUUUUUGGCUGAAAUUCAUUCCCUCAUUUUACUUUUGUAUGUUGCAAAAAUGUAAAGUUUAUUCUGUAGGUUAUCAAAAUGGAAACAGGACAUAUAAAAGCCAUUAUAUCAGAGGUGCGUUUAAAAAUAAUGUAUACCAAGAAGUUUUGUCGGAUGCACAUAGUUAAGAUAAUAUAUAUAUUUAAGAAAACUCCAACUUAUUUCAUUCUGUGAGAAUCAAUCCUCUUACAUAUUUUAUUUCAUUCAACAUUUAUAAGUUUUAUUUUUGAAACAAAACAGUAGAAGCUUGAGAAAAGAUAAUCUGAGCUGUGAAGGUAAACAUCCUGACAGCUUUUACAAUGCUAGGGGUGUGAGGUUGGGUUAGGUGUUUAAUCCACCAGAAAAAAAAAACCAUGUAAUAGAUUAUCUUGCUUCCUUAUUCCAAAUGCACACUUAGCCAAAUGUUUAUCACCAGACCUACAUAAGUUUCCAUAUUUUCAUCACGUUAUUGUAGAAACUAUCCACCAGGCAGGUAAUGCCUUUUAAUAAGUUAGUAUACAGUAAUACUACACUGUCAUAAAUGUUAGAAAUGAAACUGAAAUAUAUUUACUAGAGAUGUGACUGAAAUAAGAUUUUACAAAAUCUUUAUAUCUCCUAUCUUGAUGGAGGAGGCAUGAAAACUGACAACUUUCACGCCUGCUUUAUGCUCUGUUUUACAUACGUUAUUAGUAUUUAGUCUUUCAGUGUGCUGACAGUUAUUUGUAUUUAAUAAUUUUACUACGGUUCCUUUUCACCCCCUUCCACUCUCCCCUCCUUGCAUUGUGCUAUUAGUCAAUAAUGCCGGUGUUAGUUUUGUCCCUGAUCAUUCAAGUUAAAUCAGGUUUUUGAAUGUAAAUAAGCAUUUUAUUAUAUUAAUAGCUGUAUUUUAUUAUUUCUGCAUGUUUUGUAUUUGUUUAGAAUAAGUUGAAAAUGGAAUAUUGGGGUUAAACAGUAAAGUAAUUGCAUAGAAUAAUGAAUUAAAUUUACUCCCCUCAGAUUUUACCACUGCAUUUCAAAAAUUUAACCUUGGUCAUUGUCAAAGCUUGUCAACAUUACAUUUAUAUAUAUAUAUAUAUAUAUAUAUAUAUAUAUAUAUAUAUAUAUAUAUAUAUAUAUAUAUAUAUAUACAUAUAUAUAUUUUUUUUUUUGCAAUAACAGUAUAGUUUUGGUUUAUUUAUUGAAGUCACUUUCAUGAGGAUAAAGGCAAAAAAAACAUGUUAAGUACAGUACACAUAAAACACUUUUAAUGGCCCAGUGACCCAACUGAAAAAAACCUGUAGUUGUUUCCUGUUGCCCCGAAAUACAAGAUGUCCAUAAAAGAAUGUCUCAGUUUCAAUGGUAUAUUAUAACAGUUUAAUUUGAACUAUUUACAACAAAUCAUAUAUCAAAUUGAAGGUAAACUAACCUAGUUUUUUGUUACAAAUGGUCAAUAUGUUCACAUUUAGUUAUACGGCACACAUCCAACCUAAAGUCCCAUUCUUUGCACUCUUUGGUCAACAAGUCCAGAGUCUCAACUCAGCGAAAUCAUUAGGUAGCGGCAGAAUGUAGACACAAUCUUUUAUAUAGCCCCAAUGGAAAUAAAUUGCAUGGCUUUAUGUCAGGUUAACAUGGAGGCCGGCGUAAAAGAGCUCUGUUUUCUCGACUAUUAUGAACAAUCAUCUGGCUUAAAGCAUGUAGCAACUGUAAUCGGUAUGGACUUCAAACAAAAUGCACGUUGAACUGAAAUUACGGAUUCACUCUUAGCAAAUUGCAGACCACAAAAUGCUUCACGCUCAAGAGUCACCAUUUUGCAUGGGUGGGGCUUCAAGCGAGAAAACAACAAAGCAGUUCUCGUGCAUGCGCUUAUCUAAUACUGCUUGAGUUGCUCUUUAAUUUUGACCUUGAACCAACUCUCUACAAUGCUUACAGUUGAUACUAUUAAAAUUUGUAACUGGGACAUUCUUUUAUGGACCCUAGUAGGUAUCAAGAAAUAAAUAGUCAAUUAAAAAAAUUUUCAUGUGGCAAAAGGCAGGAAAGUAAAAAAAAAAGGGGGGGGGGUGAGUUAGGUUCUGUUAUAGCACUCUUUGGGACUCCAGAUAACUGGAGUAGAAUUUAGUUUAAACUGAAGGGGGGUUAGGCCUUAUCACCUUGGAAUUUUCCAUCUUUUUACUAUAAUUCUAAUUUUAAAAUAUUUAUUUAAAUUUUUGGCAUAUCAAGUCAUAGAGCAAUCUCCCAUACAUUCUGUACCUUGUUGCAACCACAUGUUUACAGACUCUAGUUGCAGUGAGAAAAUAACUUAUUAUUUCACGCGAGCUUCUACAACAGUCAUGAUAAUCACACCAGUUUACAAGUAUUAACUUCAACAAAUAAGCAAAGCUCUGUCCUAUGCCAUGUUAAAUCAAAAAAUCUUGCAUUAAUGCUUCAUUGCAAGCAGUAUAAAUAUAUUUAAAAUUGCAAGAUAGUGAGCCGGUUCCCCUUAGAGUUGUGAACAAAGGGUUUUACUGUACUAUUCAACUUGAAUUAUGGCAUAGAAUAUGUUAAGUCAAGUUUGCAUCUAUCAGAGAAGUAGUAGUUCCAUAUACAAAUGUUUAAUGCUGUAAAAUGAAAUACGUUAAUUUUUAUGUGCUUUAGAGUAGAAGUUACUUAUUGAAUUGUCCAGUUUUUAUUCCUUUUUCUUUAAAAGAGGCAGCAUGAAAUACCGCCAAAGCAGUUAUGACAUAGACAAGCAAACUGUUAACAUUAUAUAACUGGUGAAAAGAGCCCAAGUUAAAAAAAAAUAAAAACAUGCCUUUGAUAACAAGUAUAGUUCUUAUUUUUACAUGAACUAAAAUGACUAAGUAAGUACUGAAGUAUUUAAUUUAAUUUUCAGAUUGCUCAUUCUUAGUUGUAAUAUGAGUUAAACAGAUGCAUGUGAUUUUUAUUCAAACAAAUUGGUUUCAUAGAAUUCAGGUUUGACAUUUGGUAUGCACAGUUAGUGUUUUAGAUUAUAUCUUUAUUCAUUUUAUAUAUGUUUUUGGUUAAAAAUUAUUUCCUGAAUACUACAUUCAAACAGUAAAUGUAUUUAACUUUUAGGUUGAAGCAAUGUUUUCAAUGUAGAUGUAUCUGUUUAAGUGCUGAGUAUUUUUGGCGAGUCGAGAAAUUAUAGAUUAACUAGAUACACGUUGCUCAAGUUUAUAUAGAUACAAUUUUCUGUUGAAUGCAAUUGUUCUAUAAAGCUAUCAAACUUACAAAUAUUUUGUAUGUUCUGUGAACAGGUUUAUAUUUCCAUAUUUCAAUGAUCUUAGUGUGACAAUUUUUCGGAUAAGACAGUGUAAAGAUGUCUAGUAAUAGCAAGCACUGUCACUGGCAUUAUUAUAUAAAUUAUGUAUAUACUAAUUUAUUUAUUUUUACUAACUUAAACUAAUAAAUUUCUUAAUAAUCAUGUCUUUUUGCAUGCAGUUCAAUAUAAUUGUGUUGCAUUCUGUAAAAUAAUACAUAGUGUUAAAAUAAUUUCAUGAUCUAAAUAUUAUCACAUCCUAAUUAAAUCAUUAAAUGAAGUGCCAUUAGCUAAAAAAAAUAUAUAUAUGUACAGUAAUGAUGUAUAAAUUCACUAUAGAAACUUCCUUAUUUUUAUGAACUUACAUUUAUAAUGAUAUUGAUAACCUCAAAAUUAAUUUUUACAUUUUAUAAACAUGUUUAUGUAUUGGGUAAAAUUUGUUAUAGUUUUCAAGUGCUGUACACAACAUGGCUGACUCAUUAUUGUUUAUGGCAUAAUUUAAUGCUUGGAGUCUAAAGUAUAAAAAAAUAAUAACAUAAUAAUUUUAUAAAUUUUAAUUCCACUGGUAACCAAUAGCAGUUAUAAAAUUAAUAAUUUGCAGCUCAAGGGGAAUAUAUAUUUAUGUCAUAUAACUACAACUUCUUUCUUAUUGUUCUCAGAAAACUUUUUAUUGUUUAGUGUGUCUGUAGUAUCAGUAUUUUACAGGGGAAGAGUGAAAGUGGUAUCAGAAUUGCUAGUUUUGAUAUUGUGGAUUUAUAAAUAUAGAUCUAUGAUUUGAUUUUUAAAAUUUAUAUUAAAAAAUUAAAGUUUUUUUAUUUACUUUGAAUCCAAAAUCAAUUUUUUAUUGGAGAUGUGUCAAUUCAAUUUUUAAUACGCCAGGAAACUAAGUUGAGCUUUGGGAAAAUAACUCAUAGCUCUAUCUUACUACCAUUUUUUUUAAGCUGAGCCGAACUUGAGCUACCAAAUUUUCAAGUCCUAGCUAAUACUACAACCCUCAAAAAAAUUCAGUAUUUUGUAAUCUUUGAAAUAUUGAUAGAAAUUAAUUUCAGAACUAGAUUCAGCCCUAAUUUGUGUUCUUUCUCAACAAGUCACAACAAGACUAAACAAAUCACAGUCUGAAAAUUUUUUUACCCCCUAUAGAUAUGCAGAGGAGAAAAUUGACCACUCGUUGAUGGUUACAUUUUUUUUUUUGUUGUUUUGUUGUGUCACUACACUUUUGUCUAUCAUUUAAUUGGUGUAAAUGGGAGUAGCAGUACUGUGGAAUGAACACUGAACUCAGUGUGUAAAGUGCACAGAGUGCAGACUAGUGCAUAAACAUACAUCCAACUUCAAUGAAAAUUUUUAGAGAUAUUGAUUCCAGGAGCAUACUCAAAAUUUCAUUUAGAAGGGGGCAAGAUAGAACUACAUUUCCCACCAUAUGCUUUCAAAUUCUUUUUUCAUUUGUUGGUAGGAAUUAUAGAUUUAUUAUGAUUUUGGGAGAGAUAUAUUCCCCCAAUUCACAUCCUAUGCACAUGCCCCUGAUUGAGUCGUAACUUCUAAAGUACUCUAACAACCCUUAAAUUUAUAGCUAACAUAAUCUCAAAUGUCUCUUUUUUUGCUUAAAUGUACAUGUUAUUUCAAACAUAUUUCUGUAGUUGCUUGUACAGAAAGUAGGUUUGAACAUCAGAGGCUCUGCUUAGGGUUUCGAAUUUCAACCCACCUCUUACGUUUUAUUUAUUCAGGAAAAAUAAGUUAGUUUAAAUUUUCUAUAUAGAGUGCUAAAGAAGAGGCAGUAAUAAAGGAGAUGAUGUGUAUGUGAGUAUGUUUGCGUUUGUGGGUGGCAUGUGGGUUGCUUGGUAGUCGGGAUAUCCAGUGCGUUUUGCUAAUGGAGCAAGGGUUAUGAGUAGAGACAGUUGUUUUCGGUGAAAAAAUUUGCACAAUUUCGUUACUUUUUACGAGAUGAUUUUGGUAUAUUUUUCGCUAUUUUAUCAGAAGUUUUGUCAAAAAUUUCGUUGAUUUUAAAAUUGCAAUUUGAGGUUUAUAAAUAUAAGUUCUACGUGAAUGUGUUUAAUAUGUCAUUUAAGAGUAUAACUACACAGUUUGUCUGCAUUGUUCAGGUUUUAAAAGAUGCAUAUAUUUACUAGGCCUAAACAUGUUACAAAGCACAGUACUGGAAACUGUUUUAAAAAAUUUACUGACAAAAAAAAGCUCAAGUCCUAACCUAAAAACAAAUAAGUUACAUCUAUUUUCACCUGUGGCUAGGUUAUAUCAACUUUUUCCAAUAGGUGCUGUAAAAAACACCACUCGCAGCUAUAUGAAUAUUUCAAGAGUAGGUAGGCCUAACAAAAUUUAUUAUCGUAACGUUCGGUUUAUCUGCUCUAGAAUGCACAAAACUGCUAAAAUAUCGUACACUUUAGCACCUACCUGCAAUGUACUUGUGCAUCUAUUGACGAAGUUUCGGGUCAUCCAGUUUUUCAAUCGGCAUGUGAUAAAAGCUCGAGUUGUUGACAUAAUGAACUCAUUCUUGUCAAAUUUUGCUUUGUUUGCCAUCAACAAGGCUGAUUCCAGCGAAACUUGCCUUUUUGCACCGGGUUGUUAACUAUUCUUGUUUUUGUUAUGCGAGUCACUGUUUUUUAUGUGUUUCAUGCAUGUCUUUCCGUUGCCACUAUAUUCUAACGUUGCAGUACUUGCACACGAGAAUUUUUUGCAUUUUGUCAAAGAUAUAGAAUCCUUCGCUCGCAAACUCCGCUGCCCUGUCAAAUGCUGUCACAACCAUUUUAAAAUCAAUGUUUUACAAAAAUAAACAGAGCAAAAACGUUUGAUUACAUCCACGCCAUUUUAACAAACUGUGGCGAGUGGCGACUCUGGCAAGAUGAUAGGGUGAUACGAAUACGACUUCCUAGACUAUCGAAAGACGUUAACAAUCGAUUAUAAUCGACUGCUGUUAUCGAGUCAUCAAAAUAUGGACGUUUAGCUAUUUUCAGUGUGUUUUUUCGUAAUUUUUUUUGUUAUUUCUCUAAGUAAUCGAUAAUUUCACGUUUUUAAGUUUAUGCAUAUUAAUUUCGUUAAUAUUUCGCGCAUCGCGAAAAACACCUGUCUCUAGUUAUGAGUCUAAUACCAACCAUUGACAUAAGACUCAUUUACUAACACUGAGUUGUUACGUAAAAAGUUUGGAGCCAACUAUAACCCUGAAGGUUUUGUUGUCUUAAGCAUCUGUUCAUAAAGGCCCGUCUACAAUAGCAAUGUCCUAAACUGUGUCCGAAGGACACUCGUCGCUGAUUGGUCCACGUGACCCUCUGACGUCAUGCGUCAAGUGGGCGAAGGUCCGAACCUACCUGGUCCGAAGACAUUCGUCAAUUUGAACUUUUUGUCCCAACCUGUGUACUUCGGACACAGAAAAAGAACAGAACACUCACUAUAUUUGAAUUUCCGGUUCCCGUUUGAAAAUGUGGUGUUUGUUUUUGUUAUUGAAGGAAAUGGAAUGUGUUGUAAUUCAAGAAGAGCAAGACGACUAAAUUAGUGCUGUUCGAUUGCUGUGAUAUGAGUUCAUUUUUCAGCAUUUACAUUUGCCACUUUGCCUUACUGAAUAAAUAUAUAAAAUUGAACUCCCACAACUUUCAAAAGUUCAAUCUCAAGCUACAAAGCAUCAAAACAAUAAACAAAAACAUUUUGUUUGGCACAUUUACUGCGCUCUGGUAGCAACUUUAGAAAUCAAUACAUUCGGACAUCGGACAUCGCAAUUGUGGACAGGGCAGUUUUCGGUGAGACAAUGUGACGUCACUCACAUUCGGAUAAGGACACGGAUCACGCACAGGUUCGGACUAUUGUAGAUGGGCCUUUACUGUGUAACACAAAACCCUACCUUCACCCUUUGCAUGCAAGGAUGGCUAUUUGGAUUUUGGCGCGUGGUGAGAAAAACCAUUAUUGAUGCUUUUUUCCCCAACUAUAAAAAUUCACCACCCACAACUAUUUCUUGUUAAAAUGUUAAGAUAGCUAAUAAAGAACUUGUAGUGUUGUUUGACAACUAUAUAAAAGCAAAGGUUUAAGUGUUUAUAGAUUAUAUUCCUUUGACAUGUAAAAAAAAUAUGACUAGUGAUCAGUUUAAAAAUUUUAAUGGACGAAAUCAUAUUUGCUGACCUUCCAAGUCUAAACUCUAAACGAGUUAAGUGGUUAUAUGGUUAAAACGAUGAAAGUUUCUAAAAACCAUUUGAGGGGUUUGGCAGUGCAUAAGUAUAAAAGUAAGGUGAUGGCUCCAGGUAGGCUGCAAACAACUUGUAUAGACUGUGCUCACAAAUUUAGUCACACAUAAUUUUUAGUCAAUCCCUUCACCAUUUCCUGCAAAAUUGUGAUGCCUAAACAGUUACAGUCAUUGAGAAGCUGAGAACCCACAUAAAAAUGACAAUAACAAGUUGCACACACACAUAGUGAACAUUAAGUGCCUUGUAAUUUUUCCUAUUUGAUUUUUUCUUUCUUUCUCUAGCCUAGGCAAAUUUUGUUUGGUCACAUAAGUAAGCAAAAUAAAAUUACACUUAGUGAGAACACCUAACUUUGUAGGCGACAUUUUGUACACAUCCUACCCUUCCAAACAAGUUGGGUUUGUGUUCCCAAAAUAGCCACCUUAAAGUUUAUCGUAUUCACUUGAAUGCAAAUAUUUUUAUAGCGCAUAUGUUCCACUGUAAUGACGGAAAUGUAAAUACAUUGAGAAAUCAAAAAAAAAAAAAAAUGGCAACACUCAUGCCUUGUGAGAAUUCUUAACAUUCCUAGCCUCUUUUACACUGUACCAUAUUUAUACUUAAAUUCACAAACAUCAAAAUAUCUGGAAAUAUUGCUGUUAUUUUUUGCUUAGGUGUACCUAAACAAUACACUUGAAUUACUGUUGGGUAUCUGUACUUUUGUUUUAUUACACUACCUUGACAUUCUUAUAUUUUCAUUAGUACUUUGUACACUUCUGGAAUAUGAAGACAUUGCUAGACCUUGCAUAUAAUAUUUGUGUGGAAUUACUCUGGAAAGCACCACAUAAAUUUGUAUUCAAUUUCUAUGGCUUUUUGAACAAAAUAAACAUUGCAACUCAUACAUGUGAAGGGUGGAUUUACGAUUGAGUGCUUAAUUAACCGUAACAAUUUGUGUUCUUAAGUAAUGACUAUAUGUAUACAUGUAUAAUGGAUUAUGAUAUUCACGUAGUAUGAAAAAAAUAAGAAAUAAGGAAUAGUUAGCAACAUGUUAAAAGACAAGAUAAUACUUAAAAGUUAAUUGAACUGUAUAUUAAUAGUUCUUAAAUCAUAAUUUUCAUUUUUGUGUUCUAAAUCUGGAAAUGGCUUAUUUUAAAACAUUUCUGAUAUAUAAUUGCCCUUUCUCGAGUCUGAGAAAUUGUUUUAUUAGUUCAAUAUUCAUAUUUUUAACUGAACAGCUUCUUUAUGUUCAGUAAUUUGUGCAGAAUAGAAAAUUUUCAUUUGAACUAAACCUUUAAUAGGAUUUAUAUAUUAAAGCUAAAUAUUUGUGAUUCUGAUUCAUGUACAAAUUUAAAUUAUAGUCUAUGAGAUCAAUUGAUGCAUUUUAAAGGUAAAUAAUUUUUAUUUGAUUGGUAUUUUAAAUACAUAACCCUUGUCAACAUAAAUAAAAAUCCUACAUCUAUUUUCAAUCAGCAACAAUUCUUUAUGAAAAUGUAUUUCAAAAAGGAAACAAUAUGUACAAAGAAUUGCUUCCAUUUAAACAUGGAAACAUUCUCACCCUUUUUCACUUGCUGUAUUUAAUGGCAGCCUAAACAUAAGCUGGAAAUUUGCAGUAUAACUUAAUUGUGAGCUUGUUGGCACAUAUGUUUAAGUUAUAAUUUACCAGUAACUCAAUCAGAAACCCAGCUUAAGUGUGUGUCCACAUAUUUUAUUUUAUUUGUGUGUGAAAGGUUUACUUUCUUUAAUUUUACUGCAGUUAUUUUUGAAAUUACUAAAAUUAACGAUACGCGAUACAACUUAGCAUUAACUUAAGCAGUGGGUAGAAAACAAAUAUCAACAAUGUGAAUUUUAACAUGUUACUACAUUAAAGCAUGAUUAAUUAAAAUUUGUUUUGUUUUAAGCCUGGUAUGGUUCUACAUUUGUGUGAACACAUUGCUAAUUAUUUUACUUAUUAAAAAAUAGAGCAUACAAUCCCAAAGUUACAUUUAAUUAUUGUAAUAUUUAUAAUUAUGUCAAUAAAAGCCACCGUGUUCUCCAUACAAAACUUAAUCUGGCUUGUACAGUCAUGUUAAUCAAAUGGAGUAAUACUUUUCUUCUUCUCGAGUUGUAACUGUACGAUUAAUUUCUGUCUUUGGCACAGGUUAAUAAUGUACAUUUUUUUAUAAAUUUUGGUUUGGUCUGAAUGGAUGAUUUCGUAAAACUUAAUCAGUGAAGGGAAGUUCUGAAAAUACAUUAGCAAUCUAAUUUAUGUGUGAAAGACCUGCUCUCUUCACGUAACAAAUUUUUUUUUUCAUACC